CUCUCCGAUGACAAUCCCCUUACCAGGGAAAUGUUCAACGAGGAGGUGAGAAGACUGGGAGCGGAAACAGUCUUGCAGCCACACAUUCGAUCCAUCAGGCCUGAUCAAGUCAUGCCAGAUGGCGAGAUCCCUGAAUCGGAAGAAUAUGCCUCUGCUUCACAAUCACUGGGACGAGGUUUGACCAUGUUUGUUGACCCUGGAGAGAGUACCCAGGAUGUGAAAAAUGCAGUCUCUGCCGCGUACGUAGAACUUCGGCCAAAAAUUUUCAAGUGCUAUCGAAGGUCCGGGGAACUGGGCAAAGAUGAAGUGUACUUUACUUGGGGAUUUGGUGGUGAUAAUGGGGAGGAAUCUUGGCACAAAACCGAAGAAUUCGGCUCAGUUGUGAAAGACAUUGUUCUUGACUUCCCUAAUCCUCCCCAUCUUUUCAAAGGUUGGAUCCAGAAAUGUCUAGCUGGCACCAUGAUAUGCUGGGAAGCAGAUCAUAGCAGUUCGGAGUGGCGUGAGAAAGUGAAAUUGGCUAUGUCGGAGCUAGCGAGAAUGGCCAGGAAUUUGAGUAUCGAUGUGGGGAACGACUCCCUAAACGAGUUGAUUGGUCUUCUUCCAGGAUUCAGUGAAUACAGCGAUAUGACCUUUUGGAUUGAGAAUAUCGCGACUCUCAUCAGUGCGCUGCUUGAUUGGCUCAAAAACAAAGAUGACAAGGUCAAAGAGAAUAAUUAUGGCUGGUCAAAAGAGUGGUUAAUUCAA